AGCCAUGGGAAGGUUUACUAUCUGUCUGUUGUAGAACCUAAACAGCAAUAUCAAGAAAGACAACAGCAGUCAACAUGCAACAAUCUGUUGACUGUGCCGGUCUGUGUCAUGAAGCUGCUGCUGUUUGAGCAGAGGCAAUUGAAGAAGAUGGAGAAGAGGGUUCAAAAUGAUAAUUCUGCAAAAAUGGCGGUGGCUGGCGAUAACCGUUUAAUAUAUUCCAACAACAAAGUUUGUGAUGCUGAUGAUGGUCGGCAUCAUGGAAUGAUGGCUGGAAUUAAUUCAACUGGAAGAAAUGUUGUUGAAACAAAUUUGUGGGUUGAUAAGUAUGCUCCACGACGCUAUUCAGAUCUCAUCAGUCAGGAGUCAACUAAUAGAUCUCUUUUGAGAUGGCUUAAACUGUGGGACCACACGUGUUUCCACAAAGAAGUUAUCCAUAGCAAUAGCGUCAGCAGCAACAUUUCAAAAAAUGCUUCCCAUGCAAAUGUAAUUGAUGGCUUAGAUAGAAAUAAAAGACCUUAUUUGAAGGUAGCACUAAUCAGUGGACCCCCCGGGUUAGGGAAGACGACACUCGCUCAUGUGAUCGCUCGACAUGCUGGCUACAAUGUGGUCGAAAUGAAUGCCAGUGAUGACAGAACAGUUGAAAGUUUCAGAGAUAAGAUAGAAUCAUCUACUCAGAUGACGUCGGUCCUGUCACUGACAACCACCAACGACAACAUCAGCCCCAGGCCCAACUGCCUCAUCAUCGACGAGAUAGAUGGCGCUCCUCAGCCGGCGAUUGACGUUUUAUUGAACUUGAUAAAAAACUCCGACCUGACAACAACACCGGCGUCUACAUCGACAACUACGAAAGCAGCACGCAAGAAGGAGCAUCAGGUCUUGCUUCGGCCUAUCAUUUGCAUAUGCAACGACCUCUACGCUCCCUCCCUCCGCUCGCUCAGGCAGUGUUCCUUCCUCCUCACCUUCCAACCUUCCGUGACGUCACAACUCGCCAUACGACUUCUCGAGAUCAGCAGAAUGGAAGGUCUCCUGUCUGACCUCUCAACUAUGAUGUGUUUGUGCGAGAAAGCUGAUCAUGACAUCAGGUCGUGCAUCAACACUAUCCAGUUCGUGAAAUCGAAGCAUGGAGAUGAGUUGAAUUUGAAAAUGGUGACCUCACUGAGUCUCGGCCAGAAGGAUGUUCAUAAGAAUCUUUUCAACCUUUGGGCAGGUAUCUUCACACUACCAAAGCCAUCGAGAAAGAGAUAUGUGAAUCCGCACGACCAACUCAGCCAUCUGCAACAGUUGAACGAACAGCAACACAGCAACUCGUCUUAUGAUAGGUUCAGUAACCUCCUCCGCCAGUUAUCAGCAGAGGGUGAACAUGCAAAAGUCCAGCAGGGAUUGUUUGAUAACUACUUGAUAAGUAAUGCUAAAGAUUCGAGAAUGGAUAAUUUAGUGGAAGCCAUUGAUUGGCUGUGCUACGCUGACGUCAUGAACAGCCACCAAUCAGAGGAGCAAGAUUAUUCUAUGAUGAGGUAUGCUCCCUUCAUUGCAGUUGCCUUCCAUUUCAUAUUUGCUGUAAGCAGACCACACAAGAUUGCAUUCCCCAAGUCACAAUUUGAGUUCCAAACAAACCUGUCAAGAAGAAAUGAAUUGUUGACGUCUGUCAUUCAGAAAAUCCAUCCAUCUAUCCGACCGUUCGUCAACAAAUAUAACAUGGUCCUUGAAAUGCUGCCAUACAUUUCUGAAGUUAUCAAGCCCGCCCUGAGACCUGUGAACGUGCAGUUGUACAGCCGCCACGAGAAGAUGUUGCUAUCGAACGUGGUGCAGGCCAUGCUGGCGUACAACCUCUCGUACCUGCAGUGCAGGACCCCUGAUGGGCGUUACAAUUACAUCAUCGAGCCGAACAUACAUGACGUGGUGAACUUUUUUGAUUCAAAAACAAGCAGGCAGAUGAGUUACAGUUGCAAACAACUAGUGGCCAGAGAGAUUGAGCUGGAAAAGAUGAGGAGGUUGGAAAUGUCGAAAUCGCAGGAUCCUAGAUGCAAGAGCGAGCCAGCAGUCAGCAAAUCAUCCACUCCAUCCAACAAACAGCCGGCCGGCCACCUCAGGCGAAUGCUACAACCUAAACCAUUGGAGCAGGGAAAGGAAAUAAAAGUUCAAGUUGAUUUCUUUGGCAGGAAGAUUGAUAAACAAACUCAGAAACCAGCCAAACACAACAAUUCUGGUGGAGCAACAGAAGAACUGCAGCGGCAAACGAACGACAGCAUCACAAGCACGAAAUCAGUGUUCAGUGACGUUUGGUACAGAUACAAGGAAGGCUUCACAAACGCUGUCAAAAGAAGCGUCAAAGUGGCCGACUUUUUAUGAUUAACUAAAAAAAAUUUCAUUGGUUUUAAAUUUAUCUCGAAAUAAAUGAAUGACUGUUAGAACAACACCAUCACCACCAGGUAUUAACAUCAGACGUCAAAAACGUUUGUCAACUCUGCAACUUUGUGUCUGCUUGUGUGUGUGCGUGUUUAAUUAUAUAGAUUUAAUAUCAAUUAAAUACUUUGACAAGUUGAAUUAUGAAAAAAAUGUGGCAUGACAAAGAUGGAAUGUAAAUGUUGACGUUUAAAAAUCACAUUCAAGCUCCUGCUGAUGUCAGUCAGCCCGAUCUAUAAAAGUUGAUAUUCCAAACGUAUUCCAAACUUAUCACAAUGUUUAAAUUACGAAGAGAUUUAAAAUGAAUGAUUCAUUACAAAACGUUAAAAAUAAUUUCUUGUUGAGUAAAUUUUUCGCCGGAAAGUUUCUCUCGACUUUUUUGUGACCGUUGCGAUUUUCAAGAAGACGGCUGGGAUUCUGGAUUGGAUGUUGAUGGUCAAGCAGAUAGUGCUGCCUGGAAGUCUUGAUUAUGUUGUCCUUCCUUCAAAACGAUGAUGGGAACGAGCGGAUGGCAUGAUUUCAUCAAGUGCUUAUGUGCGUAGGCCAUUCCAUUCUUUUUCUCGUUGUCAGUAGCUUUCGAGCCAAUCCACACGAAGCACUCCUUCUUAGUGUCCACGAUGAAGACAUCAUCACUUUGCAGAUCAUCUUUCUUGAUGUUACCUUCCUUCAUUUUGGUAAACUUGAGUGAACCUGUAGCGUCUGAUACUCUGUAGAGCGUCGUUUUGGAUGAAGAGUCAUCAAUUGGCUUUUCGUCGGUUGUAUUCGGUUGGUUCAAGGCACUUAUAAACUGAUCAGGAGCAACAUCGCCUUCCUCGAUCACCUCGCUUUUGCACUGACCUCCCCGAUCUGAUUUCAAACCGUUCAAAAACGCCAUUGCCUUGAACCUUUCAUCCUUGUUGCUGCCGCUCCCAUUCCAUUGAAAGAUCAUCAGUCCCAUGUCCAAUAUGAAGACGUCGCCCGAAUCCAGUCUCUCUUUACUGCGAGGUACCUCUUUAAGAAGAACAUUCUUCUUGUCUCCGUGAAAGUGCAACAAUCGUGGCUCAUAUUCAGUCGGCUUCACCUUCCUAAAACCUGACUCCGCUCCUCCAUUCAUUAAUAUAAUUCCUUGCUUGAAGUAAGACUUGAAGGUCUCAGAUUCGAACGCCUCGACUUCCCUGUGCUGGACUGGCUUGUCUCUCAGGUACGUGUCAAGUUCAACUGUUUUGUAGGCUGCCGUGCCGUAUUCGUCGGCUGUACUCUGGCUGCCAAUCCAGAAGUGAACGUCGUAACUGAAAUCUUUCGACGUCGGUGUUUCGUGGUACGUAUUCAAGAUGAUGUAAGAAUCGCCAUUGUAGAACUUUCCGUAAUCUUCUUUCGGCCAAACCGUUACUUUAAAUUUGACUAUCCUCCAUAUUUGCAGACCAACUUUCUGACCAGCUGUCUUCCAGGCCGGCUCCUGAUUGGCUGAAUCAAAUUUUACAGAUUUUUCAGUUUCAGAACCGAAGAGAGCCAUGUUACUGUCUUUCCAAUCAUAUUUUUUCGGCUUUAUCAGACCUGUCAUGUUGUCGGCAAACCAGCAACCAGAUAGACAGAUAAUAAAACGAGGAAAUGUGGAUGAAUGAAAAAUAUAUAAACGAAUAACAAAUGAAUGAAUGAAUAGC